AUGCUGCUGACAAUAACAGCCCUUCUUCUACAUGUCGCCCAAGCAGCCGAGUACGGCGUUGACGUUAGUUUUCCUAUGCAACACGAGACGGUUUCUUCCAAUUACGAUCACUUGCCACACAAUAAUCAUCAACAACAAGCGUCUCCAGCAAGUCAUCCUACAGUCAUGUUCCAUGAUCAACCGAUUCAACCGCUAGGAGAUCGACAAAGGGAAUACCAAACGUUUCUAAAAGGCUGUGUGGAUGCCUUCAACGCAAGUGUGUGUGACGAGUUUGAAGAAAGUCGAAUUCAAACGAAUUUACGGCAACCAGCUUCCAUGGUCAAUUAUACUACGAUAGGAUUUCACAAAACGAGGGUACCGGAUAGUCUGUGGCAAAUGAUUCAGGGAUUUUGGGAACGCAACCACCACGAGGACAAGAAUAGUAAUAAGAAUCAAGAAAAAGAAGAAUGGCCACCAGGGAAUACCUUUGUCAAUCAUUGGUCAUCGCCAUCCUAUCUGGUUCGAAUCAUAGAAGAAGAAAAGGGACUUCGGGGACGCGAAGGACCUCGACUAGCCAAAACGAUAUGGGACGAAACGAGAAAAAUGGUUCAAGAGUGGACGGGUCAAGAAUUGGAAGAUUGCAGCAUGUAUGGGAUUCGGAUCUACACCAAAGGUUCCAUUUUGAAUCCACACGUGGAUCGAUUGCCCUACGUCAUGUCGGCCGUCAUCAAUGUUGCACAAGAUCUUGAAGAAGAAUGGCCAAUGGAGUUUAUUGGUCACGACGGCAAGGCAACUAACAUUACCAUGACACCGGGGGAUAUGGUCUUGUAUGAAAGUCACAGUGUCUUGCAUGGGCGACCCUUUCCCUUGAAAGGGGAAUACUUUGCCAAUAUCCAUGUGCACUUUGAACCCACUGGGCAUUCUAUAAAGUACCAUGGGUAUGAUGCAAAGGCGGAUAAGCAGGAGAGUGUUGGAAAGUACAAGGUGAAUAAGGACAUUGGCGGACACGAGAUUGAGGGACAUCGCGUGUUGCCGCCGUACAUCAUUCCAGAUUCACCAGAAGACAAGAUUUACCGAGAGGAACAUCCAGACACCUAUUACUUUGGAAUCAACAAACAUCGGUCAUCACCAGCUCAUGUCUAUGCUGGGCAGGGGAAGACUUCAGAACUAGUAGGCCUUUUGGAAGAUCAGUUGCAUUUGGUGCACUCACGGGAUCGCAAUGGAUGGCUGCCCCUUCACGAAGCUAGCCGUAGUGGUCAUGUGGAAACGGCCAAGUUUCUGAUCGAGAAAGGAGCCAAUGUCAAUGGACGGUUUGGAGAGAAAGGGGGCACCGCACUCUUCUUGGCUGGUCAGUACCACGGGAAGAAUAGUGAAAUCUACAAGUAUCUUCAGUCCGUUGGGGCUGUUUGGGAAGAACCUGAACUAUAA